AUGGGUGACAUGUAUUAUAGAUGUCUGACAGGGUAUCUAAAUAAUCCUGAAGCUACCGCCCGAAUGGUAGAUAAAGACGGAUGGGCGCACACGGGUGAUAUUGGACAUUUUGACGAAGAUGGGCAUUUCUUUAUAGUGGACAGGUUGAAAGAACUCAUCAAGUACAACGCAUUACAGGUCGCCCCGGCUAAACUGGAAGCUUUGUUGAUUUCACCAAAACUCGACGACGCAGCCGUAAUUGGUGUCCCGGAUGAGGAGUCAGAAGAGCUGCCGAAGGCCUUCGUUUUUCCUAAGGGAGAAAUCACUCUUGAAGAAAUCGCAGAUUAUAUCGCACAAAGGGUGGCUCCCCAUAAGAAACUAAGAGGCGGAGUGGAAUUUAUCGACAAGAUUUCCAAGUCUGCAAGUGGCAAAAUUUUUUACGAAAGGAGUUAAGAAAGAGAGAAUCGGAACGAACGGAUAAAUCGUGACAUGCGGCAUUUCUUAAACAGUUCCCUCCACAUUUGCAUAUGCGGUAGUUAAUCCCACUUUUUGAGUUUUGUACUUCCAAUACAACGAUUGCGGUUAACGCUUGUAAUGGUUUUAUGAACAAUUACAUUCUACCUCCCAACGCUUUUUUAUAGGAUUUUUAUAAUGAUAAUCACACCCUUUACAGAACUAGACGCUUCAAAGCGUUAACUCGAGCUUCCUCGGCGAUCUCUUUUGUAAUAAAUAGGCGAUUUUACCUGC